UCUGAGUUUAAUUAUGUGUAGGGUAGAAUCUAAAACACAGGAGUCUUUGGGGAAAGAUAACCUUUUUUAGAAACUUAUUUCCUGUUUACAUUUCUUUUGAUAUAGAAAUUAGAAACUCAAAUACAGGGUUGUGCAAGACUAUAACCAAAAAAUAGCUAAGCCUACUGUAAUAGCAUUGCCACUUGUGCCAAACGCUAGUCUUUAAUAAGCACUUCAUUAACACUGACUGUGGAAGUGAAAAAGCUCACUUGAGAAAGGGAAGUACUGUGAGCCGUGAUGUUUUUCUUUUCAUGAAUGUCAACUACGUUGGUGCUUGGAAUUAAACUGCAUUCUGAUCCUAUCAAGCACUGCUUAAUUUGUUUCACAUGACAUCCUACUUCUUCUUCCAGAGACCAUAACAUGCAGUAAAUAUGGAAGACAGACUCAAACUGACACAAGAUCAUUCAGCUGGUGCUGCCAAUGAUACAGAAUCGCACCUUCAGGCCGCUAGAUCACCAGCAGGGAACAGUACAGCACCUAAAUGGACUAAUGGCCAGCGUGUGUUGGCUGUUCCCAGUUCCUCUGUGUUCAGCCCAAGGUUUGACCUUCCACUCUGUCGAGGUGUACUGGAGCAAGAGGGCUUUAAGAUCCCUACACAAGACUUUGAGGCACCUCUUCAGAUAGCUCUGGGCACUCCAUUUGUUCGCAGAUUCCUCUUUUUCAACUCCAACCUCUUCAACUUCAUCCUAGGCCCAGUGCUGUAUGUAGUGCUGUGGUGUGCUUUCUACUCUACUGUGCAUCUUUACCUGGUGGAGGCCACCACAGAUUUUUGGGUUCUUUGCCUCUGUGUCAGCCUGGCGUCCAUCAUCUUCACCACAGCCAUUCUCCUUAUUCUCCACCACAGCAGCAAAGAGAUCAACAUCAACACAGACAUCCGGCUGAUCCAGGUGAAUGAAAGGCUGAUUAGACACUCUCUGCUGAUAGGGGUGGCAGACUGGGUACAUCACUGUACAGGGACACUGCAGCUCUUCUGUGUCUACUGGGAUUUGACACCGUGCUUGGCCGGCCUCACUCAAGCCCUUGAGGAUACGAGUUUUGUCAGGAAUGAGCUGCAGAAAAAGCUAAAGAAAAGAAUGUCUAAGCUGACAUUGGUAAUAGAGGUCAUGCACUAUGACCCUGAUGCAAUAUCACUGGACCGUGAUGUUCCUGAAGAGGAGCGUCCAUUGUUGGAAGAGAAUGAAGACGGAAAUGCCAGUACCCUCUCUAAUCAGCGGGAGGAGACAAAACUCACAAAAAACCUCAGUCUUGUGCCAGACCCUAUCUUACCGGCACAGGCUAUAGCCCGGCAGCUCUUACUGACCUAUAGUUCCGUGUACAUCAGACUGUUGGUAUCUCACAGACUCCCCAGUGCCCCACAAGGACUAAUUAAUGGGAGAAGAUCUCACUGUACGACUGCUGCUCUGUGUCUUUGCCAGUACGUUAAUCUGAAAGUCUUACAUUAGAAGGGCAUUUCAGUCUCAUUCAUGCACAUAUUCUAUAUGUUCCAAUAGUGCUUUAUUGACUGACAGAUAAAUAGAGUUCAUAUUUAUUUGUAGCAGGCCAGCAUCAGUUGCGGUCAGUGAUCCACUAUGUAGUGUUAGACUAGGCAUGAAUGUCUCAUAAAGUUUUAGAAAUUAUUUUACUUGACAAUGUCAAGGUACUGAUGAGUAUAAUGUGAUGAAUGUGAUUUAAUGUCAUGAUUAAAGUUCAACUUUUCUUUAAAAAUAUAUACUUUGUCAGUUGCUUGUAUGCCAAAGAUGCAUGGAUUUAUGUGAAUGAGAAAAAAUGUCAGUUUUUAGCUGACAGAAAUAAAUGUGAAAUGACUUCU